AUUUAUCAUCACCAUAAAAGUGGCGCCCAAAUGAAAGAUCUAAUUGGAGAUCACUUCGAAAAUAAUCAGUGAACGCGAAAUAGUCGAAACGGAGGCAGUACGGUCACGCAAGUAAAGAUAUAAGUAGUGUCUUCCCCCUUUGUCCGUCGUGUAAGGAAUUAUAUUCGGUCAGCCGUGCCUUCCGUCAUCGUGCUCGUGGUAUAUGGUCACCGUGUUUUCGACCACUACGUGUGGCUUCUUGUCCCUAUUAUCAAUCCGUGGACCAACACUAUAUCACGUCAGCAAUAAAGUGGGAUAUUCGUAGUUGGGAUAAAGUGAAACCGUUGUUGUAAAGUAGUACUGCCAGGACUACAACUGCUAGAAUCGUGUUUCUACAGAGAGUUUGCUUGUUGCGGUUAUCGCUCUGGUCGCCGUCGUCGUUUUCGCAACCGCGUGUGCGGCAGAAUAUUGUUCGCUGUGUCCUACAUGCAAUUUUUCCUUGCUACUUCUAGCCGCUGCGAUUCCCACUCGGAACGCGUUCAUCGGGGAGAAACACAGACCACAUUCCUGCCACCAGGGUCGUGGGCUUUUUGUUUUUUGACUUUGAUUUUAACUUUCGUCAUCAUUUUCACUGGGUAACACCAUUUUCACCACAUACACUUUUGAAUAUACACAAUGAGAUGCUGCAUUUUCCCCCGUCGGCGGCCGAAUGAUCGCUGGUGCGCCGCAGCUGAUAGAGUGAAGAAGGAACCGCUGAUGCCCAGCAGCAAGAGCACCACGGCGGUGGACUCGUCGCCCGAGCCGGAUAUCCCAGCCGGAUUUCGGGAGUAUUGCGAAACCAUGGCGAUCCUGGGAAGGACACCGAAAUACGAAAUCCCGGAGGUCGUGCGGUUCGAACUCCCUGCGUCCGUCCCAGGUCGAGACGCGAAUCACACUUCCUCCCAGGUCGCGAAAAUUCGGGCGGAGAUGUGUGAACUGCAAGCGGCGCUCAAACGGGAUCACCUGUCCGCCGAAGCACUGUGCCGCAAGGCGGGGGUGAGAAUCGGGGAUCGUUGCGGGAGCUUUUUACGGAAAAGCAACAAGUUGCUUCGCCUUGUUGAUGAGCCGUUCCUGUGCAUCAAGAUCCAUGAAGAACAGCCAAAAGAAAAGAAACUGUCGGUGACAACAUUAUAUAUGCGUCGCUGACCUCUGUAGUACCUGUAGGACGAGUGUCAUGUUGUUAGUACCACCUCCACACGGCAGUAUACACUGGAGUCAACAAGGUGCGUUUUCGUGCUUCCAUAUUUCGUGCAGGUGGUGCCGCCCUUCAGCCGCAUGUUGUGAGUGGUUGCUGUCUACUUUGGCUAGUCAUGUGAAAUACACUAAGCAACUUUUGCGUGAAGGUAGUGAGUUUCGUUGAAAAAAUAACAGCACUGGUGACUCUUGGCUUGGUCUUGAGAUUCUACCCGAAAUAGCAGCAAAGUGUCCUUUACUUUCUUGGUCUUCAGUUUGCCCGUUGACAAUUCGGAAAUCUAAAAAGAAAAAACGCGUCGCAUUGUAUGGUGUGACGGAAAAAGAAACUCUGGUGGAGCGAUUCUAUCAUGUACAGCCUUACUUGAACUUGACCGAAAAGGAAAAAAACCAGUAGCUACUACAGCACCACUUACCACUUGAUGUCACUAACAAAGAAGAUACAACAGCCAGAAUUCUUCACAACGGGGAAGGCGGCGGAGACCUGUAAAAGGCUGCGCUUUUUACCGCUCAUGUGUUGAAGCUACUUGAUUUUGCUGUGUGCGAGAGUCUUUGAUGAGCAGAAGAGAAACGAAUCAAUGGCUGAUUCGCGUCUCAACGCGUGCUUGGAUGCAGGAUACAUGCAGUUGUCGUCUGGCACAGGGUCGGUCGUCGUAGAAUAUUAUCAAAGAGCAGUUGCGCGACAGGCCUGCUCAUAUUGCAGCUACGAUCGGUCUCAUAAAGCUGUAGAAUAAAAACUGAUAAUUUUCUGAUUCUGAUCACGCAUCAGUUGGUGCAAACAGAUGCCAGAACGCCUUCGGUGCCCACGGGUUAAGAGACUCUGACUAACUCUUUUCUGUGUAGCUAGCACCCCCGCGACCGCAGGUCGAUCUAGAAAAUUUCCGCACAAUUGCAGCAGGAUUCGGUUCCCUUGUCCAGUUCGUUUGUACCUGGUUGCUCGGGGGCUGCUAGCCUGACACAUGCGCCUUGCUGCGUUGUUUCAGAGAUGUGGUCUGGCAGCCAUAGUUGAUACGUGUUUCCCAUGCUGAACAAAGAUGCGUUUGCGUAGAGUGUAGAAGCGAGCGUUUUGAAUGUGCUUCACCUAGAGCGGAAACUAAUGCCACGUAUGGCCGUGAGCGUGAGAGUGAGUAAUGGAGGGCUGUUUUGACAUUUUUGCACCAUACCAACAGCGCGAGCGAAGCGUUCGGAGUUGUGAGCGAGGAGUCAUACACACGUAUCAUUCGUUAUCGACGAAGAUACACAACGCGUAAGAAUCAAGUCUAUAAAAACUAGCUUUUGUCUGGUAGCUGUUCUACUGAUCGAGCAGCGUUACUCUACCAUGGUGCAGGGUACCGGUCCGGAUCCUCGUCGCGCCGAGGGCUCUCUCGAAGAUCGCAGCGCGCCGUAGUUGUUGCGGCGGUGGGAGAGGCUCCACCACUUGCGGCCGCGGGCUGGAACUGCCUCUAGGACUGCCACUUUUGGGAGCAGGCGCAGGCGACCCCGCUAGCGCUGUUAUCCAAGAUGGAGGAGGACUCGGCGGCGCAGCAGAAACGAAUUUCGCAGGACAAAGAAAUCGAACGGAAGAAGCCCGGCGGCUUGGACGCUCUCCCCCUUUCGCGUAUGCGCGGCAGCCCCGCGGCCUGGCUCGGUUGCGCCGCGGGCUUCAUUCUCUGCGCGCCCGUCGUUCAGCGCCCGCGCCCGGCGCCGUUUGCGGCGGCAAAGACACUGGCCCCCCGCCGGGGGCGUUUGCAAUCGGCGCACCGUAGCCGAGCGGCGGCGGCAGGCCUGGGGCGUUUUGCUGCUGGCUGGCCUGCCUGUCGGCGCGCCGGCCUCUCCACCCAAAUGCGCGGACACCGGUCCGGGCGCGGCCGCGGCGCUUGUAUUGGGCUGCCUGCACAGUACUUAUGUCGCUGC